AGGCGGGUCACUUUGGCCCGUGGCUGAUUCCCGCGUGGGCUUCCAGCCUCGGGAAAUCGCCGCGCCCUUACCAUCACGACACCAGAGGGCCCCGGCCUGACGCGCGAGACCUCCUCUCUGCUCGCGAGAAAAUGGCGGCGGCGGCGGAAGGGCUGGCUGCCUACCGGUUGGUGCUGCGGGCGGCGCGUCGGACGUUCGCGGGCGACCGGCUGAUGCUGCAGGAGUCGGCGGUGGAGAUCCGGCGCCGCUUCGAGGACCACCGCGGCCUCGCCCCGGGCUCCGACGAGUUGGCGCGCGCCCUCGAAGACGCCCGCGAGGCCGCGUUCUUCAUCGGCCACGGGAUAGUCCAGGCCACACGCGGGCCCUCCGGAUCCUUCGUUGUGAAGCCCGAGAGCGCACAUGCUGGAGCUACACUGGAGGUUCCUUCCGAGGAGAUCCUGUCAAAGUUGAAAUAGGGGAAAGCACUCGGCUUUACAAGGAUUGAUACAAAGAACUCACACCCAUAUUCAGCCUAGUGAUAAUAAGAACAAUUUUGCAUCCUCUGGCUUGUAGGAUCGUAUUACUGGUGUACCGAAUAGUUUCAUGCAUUUUCCCUGUACCCUCCUAUUCAGAGCGUUUUUUACAGCACCGAGAUUGUGGAGUUCUGGAAGAAAAUUUUACUGGAGCGUUUGGAGUUGA